UAUGUUACACAAUCCCCAGUAGACAGAGGUGAAAAUCAAAUGGAUAGAGGUCACUCCCACAUAUUGCCUAAGUCAAAUAGCAGUGAGGAAAAACAUUUACCCACAGAAUCUCACUUAGCAGGCUCUGGAAUAUAGCAAGAGAAACUGCUCAAACAAAAUGAAUAACACAAAUAUUUUGGGCCGUCGAGAGAUAAUUGCCCAUGAUGCCGAUGGGUUGAAAAAUUUUUGGGAGAGAAAAAUAGAAAAGCAAACAGUUGAUCAUCAACAUGAAAAUGCAAGAAAAAGCAAAAGUGCUCUGUCAAAGUUAAGAGAAGAAUGGACGCAGAGGCUGGACUGCAGGCUCAAGAUGUUGCAUUCUUUCCAAGAAGAACAAAGAAGAUAUUUAUAUGCUUCCCCAACAGAAUCUUUCCAAUCCAAUGCAAACACUGCAGCCUAAACAACGGAGAUGCAAGAAUGAUGUUUGCUAACUGUCUAAAGAUUGAUUUAUUGGUGCAUACAAGUCCAUAAUAAGAUUAAUCAUUAUUUAAAAGCAUGUUUGAUAGCUAUAAAAUGCUUAUUAUAAUGUUUUAUUCUUUAUUCAAAAGGAGUGAAGGUACCAGUGCUUUUAUUGCUUUCCACUGAACACUAAAUGUGUGUUACUGCGUUACUCAUGUAUCAGAUAUGUAUUGGUUGUGUGCAAAAUGUCCCAAAAGAAAAAUGAUGGCAGUCCAAAUUGCCUUCUCCAAAUAGUCUUUUUUUCCACACAUAAGCAUAUGAACAUAUAAACAGAAAACAAGACAUACAGAGCAAAACAAAACACAGCAACAUUUUGGCGCUUUUUUUCUCACGCCCAUUUCUUAAGCUGGUGACAUCACAUACAUACUGCUGCCUUACAGACCAUAAUCAGCCACCCGCCAUAAAUGGCUAGUCCAAUGCAAAACCAGAAAAAAACUAUAACUAAAAAAUGAUUUAAAGAAACACUAAACCCACAAUGUUUCUUUCACGAAUCAGGUAGAGAAUAUAAUUUUAAACAACAUCCCAAUUUACUUAUAUUAUCUAGUUUGCUUCAUUCUUUAGAUAUCCUUUGUUGAAGAAAUAGCAAUGCACACGGGUGAGCCAAUCACACGAGGCAUCUAUGUGCAGCCACCAAUCAGAAGCUACUGAGCCUAAGCUCAGAAAAGGAUAUCAAGAGAAUAAAGCAAAUUAGAUAAUAGAAGUAAAUUAGAAAGUUGUUUAAAAUGAAAUGCUCUUUCUAAAUCAUGACAGAAAAAAAAUGUGAGUUUCAUGUCCCUUUAAUCCACAUUCAUUAUCUGAAAAAUAUAUUUCAAAUUUUACUAUACUCGUAGCAUGAAUUAAAAAAAAGUUAAUUUUCUGACAUAAAAUAUUGAUUACACAUGCACUGAUUGGUUGAAAAAGAAGAAAAAAUAUUUUAUCAGGAAAAGAAGUAUGAAUUUUAAGUGUAUUAAACAGCAUAGUUUUAAAAAUAUUUUCCUUUCAUAAACCUGUAACCUCACAGAUGCAAUAGUUAAAGCCCUAUCUGACAGCAGAAAGGGUUAAACCUGACCUCACUAAGAAAAACGGUGCCAUCACCUAUCAAUUAAUAUUUAAUAGAGAAAAAAAAAAGUUUAGCUGUAGUCAUAAAGAUGUUAAUAAAGUUAACAUGUCAGACUGACUUUGAACGAAGUAUGAAAAAUGAAUAAUGCAAAUCGGUUAGCAUUUUGAUGGUGUUUUUUUAUUAAUUGGUAUUAAUCAGAUUUUUAGUGCAGCCGGCUAUUACAAAUAAAGAGGCCCUGGUUUAGGGACUGAAUACAUUACAAUACAAAUCUCCAUCAGCAUGCAUAUUUAUAAUGUGCGUAAGGUCCUUUUGUCAUUAACAACAAAAUUAACCAAGUCUAAAGUGUGUUGAUAAAUAGUUUUUUUUUCUUGCCAUGAAUAAUUCCGUGCUGCCAGAAUAACAUAUUAGUAAAUGAAGACUGAUGCUUUAGGCCCCUUAGUGACAAUGUUUCUGCAGCUCAUUGUUCAAAUUCUAUGCUGCAGACUGCCUGGCACAGGAGAACUGUGAGUAUGAGGCUAUUUUGUAAGUUAUAAAUAUGCACGGCAUGGGGUAAAGCUGUAGUUCCUCUUUUUUUUAGCUUUAAUUGUUGUGUAAAAUAUAUCCAAAUCCAUAAUAACAUGAACAAACUGUAAUUAGAAUGUGUUUGUUAAAACAAGAGAUGUAUUUAGAUUUUGUGCUGUCCUAAGGCACAGAGAAAUCCAAUGUCUACAGAACCCCCAGGAACACAUUUGGGGGUCAAGCACCCUCAUUAGAAAACCAGGGAUCAUUGCUUUUGUAAUGAAAUUAAAGGGACAUUAAAGUCAUGGUCGCAAAUUCAGUAACAUAGUUAGGUUUGCCAGGUGUCCAGUAUUCAGCUGGACAGUCCAGUAUUUUUGCAGGCUGUCCAGUAAAAUAUACACUAAAUACUUAAAUGUCCAGUUUUCUUUUAAAUUCAGCUACAUUUAAAAGGCCCCCUAUGUUUUUUCUGUGUUACUGGCAGUUCUUAAAUAACAGCAAUGCUAAAUAACUGCUCUAUGUGUACUCCUGGCUGUCAACGGGUCAAACCACUAAUGUGUAUGUGUGUUAUUGGCAGCCACAUAGGAAAACAAAUUGUAUACUACUAGCAGCCAAAGUGGACAAAAUGACAGUGUUCAGUUGUAAGAAUAUACAUGGUGGGUUAAAGGUCUAAGGAAGACCUUUUGAGGGAGUUAUUGUGUGACCCCCACCUACAACAUGUAUCCAGUCACCCACAGGUUGCCCAGUAUGUUUGUGGAUAACAACUGGCAACCCUAAACAUAGUUACUACUCACCAUGCUAGUGUUUUUCCUCCUUUAAAUCCAUUACCUUAUUUUACCUUAUUACAGAAGCCUGUUGGUAAAGCUCUGCAUCUUUAGUUUGGGCACCGCCAUUUUGUAGCAGUCGUAUUGUUGCAUCCUGUCAUAGAAGCAGAGUGCUUUCAUAUUAGUGCUGUUACUAACUUUUAAUAGUAGCAGCAGUAAUUGGUUUAACGUACACAACAACAAAAAAAGGGAAACUUUACAUAUUUGCAGUUUUUUUAUACAGUUUAGAAGUUACAUAACAAAUAUAAAAAGAUCUCAGGAAUAUUAAGAACAAUGCACCUACUGCAAAAAUGUAUAGCUCAUGCUCUGUAUUAUGCACUGUAAACUGAGCAAAACAAUAAAGUUUGUCAAGCAGACAACAAUAGCACUGAUCUGUGAAUGUGCAUCACAUCUGUCACAGUGUGUGAGUAUACUUUAAUUCCAAGAUGGUGGCGCCUAGUGUGAUGAUGCAGAGCUUGAAUAACCAGCACUUGUAAAGGGUUAAAAUAUGAAAUCAGCUUUAAAAAGAGCUACGGGCACAAGAGGAAAAGGAGUAGUAACUGUGCUACUGUAGUUAUAACUAGCAGUGUAAAGUCCCUUUAAUACAUAAAACAUAUGCAGUGCUUAGAAUAAGGAAUUUUCCAAAAUAUAGACACAAAAUUCAUACAUUUGUAGAAAAAAAAUCAAUAGGUUUAUGUUAUGUCUGGAAAUUGCCAGUGAUUUAUUUCAGUUUAAUGAAAUGGAUUGAAAAAUAAUUCAUUCUGUAUCAGGGUUAUUUUGAAUUCAUAACUAUUAAAAUAAAAUCUAUCAUUAGAUGUCUGGAAAUCUUUUAAAUUCAUUUUUUUUAAAACCAAAAAAAAAAAAAACUACAGGGACAUGGGAGUCCUUCUUCCUUAGGAUAUCUGAGCACAAACAUCACCAUAACAAUAUAACAACAUGUUUGUAUGCGAAAACUAACCCUGUUGUCUUUGAUCGUAAAAUUAGGGACAUGCAGAACAAUGUGUAACACUAAUGACAAUAGCAUUCCAUUCUAUUGCCAAGCAGUCAUUAGAUGGAUGUUGUCAAAAAUACCAUGGUUGCUAUUAGUCACAUUCAGCAAAUGGGUUUAGUUAUGUUACACACACACACAUAUAUAUAUAUAUAUAUAUAUAUAUAUAUAUAUAUAUAUAUAUAUAUAUAUAUAUAUAUAUAUAUAUAUAUAGAGAGAGAGAGAGAGAGAGAGAGAGAGAGAGAGAGAGAGAGAGAGAGAGAGAGAGAGAGAGAGAGAGAGAGAGAGAGAGAGAGAGAGAGAGAGAAAGAGAGAGAGAGAGAGAGAGAGAGAGAGAGAGAGAGAUAUUCAUGAAACCAAACAUUGAAAUCGAAGGGAAACUUGUUCAACUUCAGCUGUAGUACAAGAAGAAUUUGACUCCUGACUCCUCCAUUCAAAAGAUAACACUAGCCUGUUUGUACCCCUGUAUUGUACAGUAUGUGAGUUCAGUCUGAAAAACUCACUAAGUUGUAUUUAGACUCUCAGCAGCUCCUGACAGCUUCUCCUCACUAGCUUCAGGUUCACUAAAGCUCACUCCUCUCUUAAUUCUUUAGUGAAUACGCUGUGUACAAUAACACAGAAACUUGUGAAAAUGGAGAGGCUGGUGAAGCUCAGGAAGCUGGAGAAUUUCAUCCCAUGAUUGGUGCUAUAGCCCUGUAUUAGAUAAAUGGAGCUGUUGGUGUGUCAUAAGCAUAUUUUAUUUAUGUCCAUGUCACAUAGCAACAUAGGUUAAGAACCACUGUCUUGGAGGACUCACAUAAUCAAGAGACAUUCUAAUAAAGAAAUGGCAUGUCCUGAGCAAUUAAAUCUUUGUAAUUUUUUAAAUUGCUGAUCUUAGCCUAACAUAAGAUGUUAAAAACACCUGUUUGAGAGUCAAAAGCAUUGCAGCUUCCGAACAGAAAACAGCUGGUGAGGUAAUCAGGAGUGGAAGUUACACGCAGCUGCCAAUCACCAGCUGUAUCCUACUCGGGGCUGCAAUGGUUCUUACUUCGGCGCAGGACUGAGUGUUUAACCCUUUUGCAGGGGUUAAACACAUUGGGCUAGAUUACAAGUGGAGCGCUAUUUUAACGUGCACCCGUAAAGAGGGAAAUUCGCCAUUACAAGUGGCUGGUUAGUGCUCCCACGAGUUUGCAGGAGCACUUUGAACUUACUGCAAUUAACCAGAGGUCAAAUUUAAAAAUGUACCCCAAUUGCCCCCAAAAUAAAGUGUACAGUAGUUAAAAUGAAAAAAAAAAUAUUAGCAUCUUUAUUUUUUUAAUAAAAAAAACUGCACAAAGCAAUUUUAAGGGGUUAAAGUGAGAGUAUGUGGGGUGAUUGAAAAAAAAAAUGGAACUGAAAGUGCCUUUACAUUGAGAUGAAGGGGGACUGUGUUUUAACUGUAAAUAUAUAUGUAUAUACUUAUAUACAUAUACACAUAUAAACACUUAAAUAUAUAUGUAUAUACUUAUAUACAUAUAUAUUUUUAAUUUGCUGCCCACCAAUGCGCAAAUCACCCCCUGCUUUGCCAUGGCUCACGGCAUGAGAAAAAGUAUCCCAUUGGAGCCUAUUUAGCACCCUCUUGUGACCGCAAGUCUUCAAGGCAAAGCGAACAUGAGGUCACAUUAGCAUUGCACCUAACUUGUAAUACCAGUGCACAUUUACAUGUGCUGGCAUUACUGAGUGGAGUGCAAAUAUCAGACUUGCGAAAGCGCAAAUUUGCGCUCUACUAGUAAUCUAGGUAAAAAUAAGCUAUGGUCUGUAAUGCAAAAAUUACAUACUAUAACAAAUUAAAUAAUAUAAUUUUCACUUUAGAAUGUCCUUUUAAGUGUACAUAAACUUUUUUCUGAGUUAUAAAAAUGAACCAUUAAAUUUUGAAAAUAAAUUUUCCAUUUUUUUCCCAUUAUAAUCUCUCAUUACAUAUCUUGCUGUUAAUAAUAAAGUGAUGAUAACUACUUUGGGAAGUGUUCUGUGAAGAUACACAAAUCCAUUGAUGAGGCACUUAAUUUGAAUAAUGCUCUUACUGAUUAUAUUGCAAUUUGGCAUAUGCAUGUUUUAUCAACAUUCUUUUUUAGUAAAAGGUAACUAAUUUAUCAAGAAGUACUAAUGAUUUCAAUGUAGAAUAAAUGACAGAAAGAAUAUUGCACACUGGGGAAAGAAAUAAGUUAAGUGCUUUAAAUCGUUUGUCAAAAUAUGUUUGAAGGUAAAUCGGUCAUUUAAUUAGAUGGUUGGCGCAUGUGAUUAUAGUGUAUCAAAGGAUUUAGCUAUGUUGGCCUGUGGUGCCAAAAAACAUAGAAAUUAUUAAACUCAAAUUUAAUUCAUAGAAUACAUCUUUAUUACAAUGAUUUGUUUUACUGUUAAAUUAGGAUACUUUGUCCUUUGAGUGGCAGGUAUCAUAUGUUGAUCUGUAUAUUUAUAUCUAUAUUAUAUAAUGAAUAAACCAAGCUUUUGUCAAAAA